ACCCAACAGACCUAUCUGUCAAAAACAUGUGAAUGAAUCAAGGCGGAGUUUGCUUUGUGAAUGUAGGACGAAAGUAAAAAUGUUUCAAAGUCCCGUUAGAUGUUAUUGGUGUCUCAGAAGUGUUUACAAUCACAACACGUAGCGGUCAUUACCUUAUAGAACACUCAGCAUCAUGGACGACUUAGACGUUAAUAUAAUUGAUUUUAUUUUCCUGAGCCUCGCGUUCGCUGUAACAUUUACCGGUGUUAUCAUUAAUAAUUACGAGAAAUAUGUGCCAGCGUUCAUUAUUAAGAGUUACCGAUAUGGGAGCUUCGCUUACCAAGGCACUGAAGCUAAUUUCGUGCAAGCUAUCGAGAUCCCGAAGGCUUAUUACAGACAUUUUUAUUUAUUUUCGACGCUAUUCAGUAGUUUGACUUUGUUCUACAUGUUUAUGGUGUAUUUCUUUGAGGUAACCGUAAGUUAUCCCGUUCACUUCGUGUUGAAGUUGCUGUUACAGGAAAAUGAACCCUCAGUUUCAGUAUCUGCAGCUUUAUUAGCUCUGUCCUUACUGACAAUACAAUGCGUAAGGAGGUUCUACGAGACAUACUACCUGCAAGUGUUUGCCAAGUCCAGUAAGAUGAACCUGAGCCACUAUUUGGCCGGCAUCAUACACUACUUCGCAUGUGUUAUAGCUGUGGUUGGACAAGCGCCUCUGUUUUGCGGUCACCAAAACCGCAACAGCAUAGUAUGGAACGACUACCGUACCACCAUCCUGGCUAUCCCAUGCUCCGUAAUCUUCCUUGCUAUGUGGUACGAACAGUACAGGACCAACAUUAUCUUCGCCAAUCUCCGGAAGGACAAGAAGUCUGGGGAGGUGGUGACAGAAGAACACAAGAUACCCCACGGAAGGAUGUUUGAACAUGUCUCCAGCCCGCACAGAAUGUGUGAGAUUGUCUUGUACACGGUCCUGUUGAUGCUGGUUCCAACGAAGACUUUCUUCUGUAUUUAUUUGUGGGUUUUAGGAAAUCAGAUUCAAACUGCGAUUCAAGCUCAUGAAUGGUACAAAAAGACAUUUGACAAAUACCCCUCGAACAGAUUCGCGAUUUUCCCGCGCUUAUUGUAAUGGCGCAUAGUUUAAAUUAAGAAGACUGAAGCAUUUAUUUUCUCUGUAUUUAUUGGAAUUAGAAAUAUAAGUGUUAAAUUAUUGAUUUGUAAUUUUAAAUUAAAUAACGAAAAUGUUUCGGCACUUUUGUGUAAGAAAAUGAAUUACCUAACUAUAUUCUGAGGCUAACUUUUUUUCAACCUUAACACAUUAUUUAAGAGCUAACUAUAUUAUGGAUCGAAUUUAAUAGAUGUAUUUUUAUUAA